AUGACUCGAUGGCCCUGCAUGUCACGUGAGCAUGCCACUGUGAGCGAGGAGGGGCGGUGUCUCCUGUCUGUGGGCAGGUCCCUCCCUCAUCUCUGCACCGUGAAGAGGCCCCUGCUCAUCGUGGAUCCAGGAGAGGCCCGGCAGUCUGCCCUCGGGCCCCUGUUGUACAACCGCCCCCCGUGUGCCACUGAUGGGGGAGGAGGCCCCUCUCAGCCCCCAGGUCCCCAGCUCCUCAUCCCUCCACCCAGCGUCUUCUCCUCUGGCUCCUGUCCAUCCUCAGUCUCUCUCUGCUUCUCAAAGGGGAGUAGGCUCUGUCCAGAGGUGGAGCGUGAAGAAGGGGUCAAGGAAGGCUGGGAACCGCUGAUCUGUGUCUAA